CUCUAUGACUCCGCCCACCAUUGACAGCCACAAAGAAGACCUCGUGAUCCACGCAGAUGAAACACUGACCAUCACAUGCAGGGGUCAGCGUACUCUGUCAUGGGUGUGGCCUGAGACGACCCUGGUGGGAGAGGAUCUGACUGACCGUCAGGCCGGCCCCAGGCCCAGCAGAGCCCCGGAGGGUGAGGCCGAGACUGGAUCCCAAGUUGGUACCCCUGGGGCUGGAGUUGUGGGAGACCACCCCGUGGCCGGGGAGGAGGCUGGUACGCCUGCUUCGGUCCCUGUCCAGAGAAGGGGAGUCGGCAUCCUGGAGUGUCCAGGGGAGCCUGGAAGGCCGUAUUGCAAGACCCUGGUCCUCACUGGAGCUAAAGGGAAUGAUACAGGUUACUACCGCUGUUACUACAGAGACAUCAAGGCUGUCGUCGACGGGACCACGGCUGCUACUCUGUAUGUGUUUGUCAGAGAUUUGGAGCAGCCUUUCCUCAGGAGAAACAGAGGAAGCAAUGGUGACCUGGAGACCAUCUUCAUAACAAGAUCCUCCACUCACAUCACAGUACCUUGUCUAGUCACUGUGCCCGACCUCAACGUCACACUUUAUCUGUGGGAGACGAUACCUAUGCUCCUGGAGGAUGAGGGGAUGGUGUGGGACAGUAAAAGAGGCUGGUCUAUCCCUAGACAGACCUUAGACUCCAGACCUUUCCUCAUUGGGAUAUACUGCCAAGCUACACGACAAGGGAGACACUACCGCUCUAGCCUCUACUUGGUGCAGUCCACAGGAAGUCAGGUUUACGACUUCAAGCUCUAUCCAGAGGACUCGGUGGAGCUGUUCAUGGAGGAAGCCCUGACGCUCAACUGUACCGCCACUGUAGAGUUCAACACGCUCGUCGAGUUCCAGUGGUCCUAUCCUGGAAAACAGAUGAACAAUACAGUGGGCAUAGUGCACAAGCGUAAUUCUCUCUCUCGGUUCACGGAGGCAGUCAGCAUCCUAACCAUCCAAAGCGUCAACGUCACUGACACCGGCACUUACACCUGCUCUGCCAUCAGCAUGGACAAAAAAAUGGAUCUGGCAACGCAAGUCAUAGUGUAUGAGAAGCCAUUCAUCAGCCUAGACUACAGGAGCGGGCCGGUCAUCGAGGCAACAUUAGGACAGAAGUCCUUUAAACUGUUAGUCAAUGUGUCAGCAUACCCAAGACCUGACAUACAGUGGUAUAAAGGUGAUAAGUUGAUCAGCCGUCGUCCAGAGUUCAACAGGAUGCGUCUCCAUCAGCACUAUAACUUAGAGAUCAGAGACGUCCACCCUGAGGAUGCUGGGAACUACACCGUCCUCCUCAAGAACACCGCCUCCUUGCUGGAGAGGAGACUCACCAUCACACUCAUCGUCAACGUUCCCCCUCAGAUCCAUGAGAAGGAAAUAGCGACACCCUCUAACCCGUAUAGUCGUGGCAGCAGACAGACCCUCACAUGUACAGGGUACGGACUCCCCGCCCCCAACAUCACCUGGCAGUGGAGGGCAUGGAGCCCCUGUGGCCUCAACAGCACCCAACGCCUGGAAGACAAACAUCCACACCUGUAA